AUGCAUCUAUCACCAUUCUCAUCAAGGUGGUGUUUACCCUUGAAAGUUGUGGUUGUGGUGGUGGCGGUGGUGGUAGUGGAGGUGCUGGCGGCGGUGUUGGCGGUGCUACCAUCCACGGCAGAGCCCUCCAGGGGCCGCGACGCUCAGUACUACUUCACCAGGUGGUGGUCAAGGAGCGCACCUCAUGCCAAGUUUCUGGCUCCCACGGAGGAGGUGACGCAAGAGGACCAGACGCCCCAGAUACCAGCUCCUACGGCGGUAUCUAUGGCCACCUCCUCCCCGUACUACUUCCCCUCCUCCUUCUCCGAUCUGCCACUCCAUGAGGCAGAAAGCAAACUGGUGGCAGUCACGGCCGAGGCAGACACACAGAUUCUGCCCCCAGAGUUCUCUGCCAACGCCACCCUCCAGAGGGACCCAAGAUUCUUCCAGAUCGGGCUGACGCCGGUGUUCUCACUCUUCAACAUCGGGCUGGUGAGCGGCGCCGCCUGCACCGCCUCCUCCGGGGACAACGGCACCUGCUACUCCUCCAAAGAGUGCACGAGGCUGGGCGGCUCCUCCUCCGGCAGCUGCUCCACCGGCUCCGGGACCUGCUGUCUCUUUCAGAAGACGUGCGGGGGCGUGACCUCCCAGAACUGCACAUACUUCGUCAAUUCUAACUACCCUAAAUCCUUCAAUGACGUCGGGUCCUGUCAGCUGACCAUCAACAAGGUUAAUAGCAACAUUUGUCAACUUAGGCUGGACUUCGACAACUUCAUGCUGCUUCAGCCGGAGUCUGUGGACCACCAGUGCGUCAACGACAGGUUCACGGUGUCGGGAGGCACGCCCGUCCCCACCAUCUGCGGCACCAACUCGGGUAACCACAUGUAUGUUGACCUCGGCCCAGGAGCCACCACCCCCACCGUCAUGACCUUCAUCACCAUGGGCCCCUCCUUUGACCGCAAGUGGAAGGUCAAAGUCUCCCAGAUUCCCUGCAACACCGACUACACAGCUCCGACGAGCUGUCUCCAGUACCUGCAGGGAGUCACGGGACAGAUCAAGUCAUUUAACUUCGACUUGGCGACAGGUCUCCAGCUCUCGAACCAAGACUACACCAUAUGCAUCAGGCCAGAGAAGAACUUCUGCGGCAUCCAGUACAUGGCUUGUGAUGACACAGUCAACACCAACCCGCAGUCAUUCACCAUCACGGGAAGUACGGCGUCACCCGUGGGCAGCGUAGUGGGCGCCACGGACUGCAACAAGGACUGGCUCACCAUCCCCUGUGUGUCGGACAACUCCAGGAACCCGACUACCAACUGUCAGGACCGGCUCUGUGGCGACAAUCUCAACGUCGUCGCUUCGACCACCGGCGGCAACGUCAGGGUUUUCAGUUACGUGAAGCCGUUCUUCCUGGUGUACCACACAGACAACACUGAGGGCAGCGCCAGCCCCGCUGAGCUCAACAAUCGUGGCUUCUGUCUCAACUACGUCCAACAGCCCUGUGUCUAGUUCCCACUCACAGACA